UUCCAGUUACCGGACGCCGGUCGGUCUCCUUGGGUGGUCGGCAAAACUCAACUGCGAAAUAAGAUUAGGUAUUGGAUAAAAGUUUUGACUUUAAAUACUUUUGCAUCUUAGAACUUUUUCAACUUAUUUCAAAAAAUGGCCCAACUGUUAUCUGGAAAAGAAGUGUCUCAAGAUGUCCGAAAUCAGCUGGCAGAUCGUUGCAAGAAACUACGUGAAGAGUUCCCUGGCUUCCAACCUGGACUUGCUAUUGUUCAAGUUGGAUCACGGGAAGACAGCAAUGUUUACAUCCGUAUGAAGAUCAAGGCUGCUGAGGAAAUUGGAAUUAAAGCACAACAUGUUUGCUUUCCUAACACCAUAACACAGUCGCAAUUGGUGGAUGAAGUGAAGAAGCUUAAUGCAGACCCCAGCAUCCAUGGAAUGAUCGUCCAAGUACCGCUUGACUCUGUCAACAAGAUAGACUCAGAUCUUGUGCUUGAUACCAUCUCUCCCUCAAAGGAUGUUGAUGGCCUCACGACCUCAAGCGCCGGUAUGCUGUCACACGGAAUGCUCACGUCAGGCUUCCUGCCCUGCACGCCCAACGGUUGCAUGGAGCUCAUCAGACGCAGUGGAGCAAAGAUUGAGGGCGCCACAGCGGUGGUGUUGGGGCGCAGCAAGAUAGUGGGCACCCCCAUGGCAGAGCUGCUCAAGUGGCACAAUGCCACCGUCACCACAUGCCACUCCAGGACUGCUGACCUCUCGCAAGUGACUCGCACGGCCGAUAUUCUGGUGGUGGGCAUCGGCAAACCGGAGCUGGUAAAGGGAUCUUGGGUGAAGCCUGGAGCUGUCGUUAUUGACUGCGGCAUCAACGCCAUACCAGAUGCCACAAAAAAAUCAGGCCAGAAGCUCGUGGGUGACGUGGAUUUCAAGGAAGUGUCUGAGGUGGCGUCAGUAAUCACCCCCGUGCCGGGGGGCGUUGGCCCCAUGACCGUUGCGAUGCUCAUGCAGAACACCGUCCUGGCAGGGGAGCGCGCCGCCGCCUCCCUGCGGUCCUCGCAGUGGAGCAUGCGGUACCUCGACAUCCAGCCCCAGGACCACACUCCCAGUGACAUCGAGAUCGCGCGCUCGCAGACGCCUAAGGACGUGUUGGAGCUGGCGACGGAGGUGGGGCUACAGGCGUGCGAGGUGGCGCCCUACGGCAGCAAGAAGGCUAAGGUGGACCUCGCUGUGCUUAAGAGGCUGCAGGCCGCGCAGGACGGCAAGUACAUCGUCGUCGCUGGCAUCACCCCAACGCCGCUGGGGGAGGGCAAAAGCACCACCACCAUCGGACUGUGCCAAGCCCUGGGCGCUCACUGCAACAAGAACGUCUUUGCGUGCGUCAGGCAGCCGUCCCAGGGGCCAACAUUCGGCAUCAAAGGUGGCGCUGCUGGGGGUGGCUGGUCCCAGGUGAUCCCUAUGGAUGAGUUCAACCUCCACCUCACGGGCGACAUCCACGCCAUCACUGCAGCCAACAAUUUGCUCGCGGCUCAAAUUGACGCCAGGAUUUUCCACGAAGCCACUCAGUCGGACGAGGCGCUCUAUGGACGCUUGGUGCCUGCAGUGAAGGGACAGCGAGCUUUUUCAAAGAUACAGUUGUCGAGACUUGAGCGUCUGGGCAUCGACAAGAAAGAUCCUAAUUCUCUCACCCCUGAGGAGAUCAACAAGUUUGUACGCCUCAACAUUGAUACAAACACCAUCACUUGGCAGAGAGUGCUGGACACAAACGACCGCUUCCUGCGCAAGAUCACGAUCGGGCAGUCGGCGACGGAGAAGAACAUGACGCGGUCAUGUCAGUUCGACAUCACGGUGGCGAGCGAGAUUAUGGCGGUGCUGGCCCUCACCACCUCCUUGGAGGACAUGCGGGCGCGACUCGGACGGAUGGUCGUGGCCAGCGACACGGCUGGCAAUCCUGUCACUGCCGAGGAUCUGGGUGCGAGUGGGGCUCUCACCGUGCUUCUGAAGGACGCCAUCCGCCCCAAUCUCAUGCAGACGUUGGAAGGCACGCCCGUCUUCGUGCACGCGGGGCCCUUUGCUAACAUCGCCCACGGAAACUCCUCCAUUCUCGCUGAUAAAAUAGCACUCAAGCUGGUUGGGAGUGAUGGAUACGUGGUGACAGAGGCUGGGUUCGGGGCGGACAUCGGCAUGGAGAAAUUCUUCAACAUCAAGUGCAGGACGAGCGGCCUGGUGCCGCACUGCGUCGUGCUCGUCGCCACUGUCAGGGCCCUCAAGAUGCACGGCGGAGGACCUAAGGUCCUGCCAGGCACGCCCCUUCCCAAAGAGUACCUUGAGGAGAACUUGGAUCUCGUCCAGAAAGGCGCCAGCAACCUGAGGAAGCAGAUCGAGAACGGCAACUUGUUUGGUGUGCCUGUGGUGGUUGCCAUCAACAAGUUCGCGACUGACACUGAGGCGGAGCUCGCGUUGGUGCAGCGUGAGGCGGAGGCGAGCGGGGCGGCGCGAGCCGUGGUCUGCACACACUGGCGGGACGGCGGCCGCGGGGCUAAGGCUCUGGCCGAGGCCGUACAGGAGCAGUGCCAGGGGCAAGACAAUCACAGCUUCAGGUUUCUGUAUGACCUCACCCUCCCGAUCGAGGAGAAGAUCCGCUCGAUCUCGCAGAAAAUCUACGGCGCUGCCGACAUUUCCAUCGAGCCUGAGGCGCAGGAACAAAUCGAUCGCUACAAGAAGCAGGGCUUCAACGACCUGCCCAUCUGCAUGGCUAAGACGCACCUGUCGUUCACUGCGGACCCGACAGUGAAGGGCGCCCCCACAGGCUUCACCAUCCCCGUCAGCCAAGUGAGGGCCUCGGUGGGCGCCGGCUUCCUCUACCCCAUCGUCGGCACCAGCUCGAGUAGCCGCGGUCUGCACUGGCUCAGACGUCUCGUGAAGUAGAAGCUCUGACGCCUCCCACUGCCCUGCCGCCGCCGCCCUCAGAUGAGCACCAUGCCAGGGCUGCCCACGCGACCCUGCAUCUACGACAUCGACCUCAACCU